AUGCGGAUAGACGAUGCGGCGCUGGGUUCACCACUCGCGCUCUUUCUCGCAAAUGUUUUCCUGGGCAAGAUCAAGAAAACAGAUCUAAAGGACAUUGGCAAUGACCUCGACUUUUACAGUCAGUACAUGAAUAACAUCUCUUGCCUGAUAGGUCAUAACACCGCCACCAAGACCGCGGGUCGGAUGUUUAACAGUGCACAUUCCUCGCUCAAGUAUUUUCAAGAGUCUGAGACGGAUAAUGAAGUCGCGUUCCUCGAUGUCCUUCUAUACAGGCAAGAGGAUGGGUCCUUCCAGCGUAGGAUAUACAGAAAGAAACCCUAG